AUGUUGUGGUUGACAUGCAAGUCCCUGCCCCCGGGAGCGCUGGAAAGAAUUGCAGACGCUGUUGCGGACCGAGUGCGCAUCCCUUGGUUUGCAGGGGCUGUCAAGAUCAAUAUCAGCCUUGUUCCACCGCUUCUGCUGCUGCCUGUCUUGCUGCAUGUCGCCGCUCUGCACUUUCUCCUGGCACUGCUCAUUCUCACCUCUCUCCCCGCGCUGGUGCUCUGGUACUACUACCUCACGCACAGGAGGAAGGAGCGGACUGUGUUCUUCCUGAGCCUAGGGCUGUUCUCCCUGGGCUACAUGUACUACGUGUUCCUCCAGGAGGUGGUUCCUCGGGGCAGUGUGGAGUAUUCCCAAGUGGUUAUCCUCACCUGCGGGCUAGUUCUUAUGCUCGCAGCCCUAUCUCGAGCCAAGAAAGACCCUGGCUACCUUCCCAGCCCAACAGACAACGACAAGGCAUCAUGCCAGCUCAUGGAUUUGCCAAGAAAGAAAGUUACGGGGAGCUCUAACGGGCUUAGUGGAGUUACCACUUUGGGAGCUGCAAGUGGCCGCGCUUCGAACGGGGAGGCUAAAGGCUAUUCCAGGCUGCCAGCUGAGGAGCCCGAAGGGAUGAGGAAGGACUGGUGCACCAAGUGUCAACUGGUCCGACCGGCCCGAGCUGGGCACUGCCGGCUUUGUGGGAGGUGUGUGAGAAGACUGGACCAUCACUGUGUCUGGAUUAACAGCUGUGUAGGGGAGCAGAACCACCUAGCGUUCAUCCUCGCCCUCUCCCUCUUCAUGCUCACCUCCGUGUACGGGAUUACACUGACGCUGGGCACCGUUUGCAGGGGCUGGACUCCACUUGUGGCCUUGUUCUACUGCCCCGGGGCCUAUUCUGAUUACAGCUCGGCUCUGUCAUUCACCUGUGUGUGGUACUGUGCCAUUGUAACAGCUGGCAUGGGAUACAUCCUCCUUAUCCAGCUGUUGAACAUCAGCUACAACGUGACUGAGAGGGAAGCUCGCCUGGCCCUGCAUGACAACACAGGACGCCGACUCCUGGGGGGGUUGGUGAUAGACACUGGCCACUAUAACCGUGGCUUCCUAUGCAACUGGAGCCAUUUCUUCAGCCUGGGGUCACCCGCUCUGCAGCGCUCUGCUGAAGACAUAGUGUGACACCUUUUUUUCU